AUGGAUUUAUCCUAAGUACUCUAUGUAGGAACCAUAUCCACAUUUACAAGUGAAGCACCCAUAACAACAAGUUUUUCUAAAAAUAUAGGCUGGCUUAUGAAUAUUAACCCAUCAGAGAUACAACAGAAGCAAUAUGAUAUGUUUCUUAAACAUCAACCAAUGCAAUCACAUAUAUCUAAUGUAUCCGGUUUUGUCACAUUUGCAGCCAGUACAAGAGAGUUCACUGUUUUUACAUCUAAUUAGGAAUACAAUGGGAUAUACACAUUAAAGAUGCUAGGUAGAAUUAACAACGAGUAAAGAACUGAAGUUUCAUUUAAACUAAUUAUGAUAGGUGCCUGUUCAUAUGCAUCUAUAACUUCUACUUAAUAGUCCGAUAUUACAUAUACGCUAAAUUCGGGUCUACAAAAUUUCACACUUAAUGCUUUUAAUGCCAAUACAACAGGUUGUUCGAUAACAUAUACUUUAUCCGAUGCAUCAGCAAGUCAUAAUUUUAAUUCAAAUUUGACAUAAACCUCUGUACCUAAUCUUUUUACAUUUGAUUAAACUUCAAUGGUUAUAAGCAGUAAUCCAACUUUGAGCUCCUAAAUUGGAACAUACAAUUUAAGCCUUGUUGGAAUUUUAUUAUAUCCUUUAUCAGACGGUGAAAUCAAUCCAAAAAAUGGAACAGUCUAUAUCAAGUUUUAUAGUGAAUGGUGGGAAAAAUUGUUUGAUUGA